UGGCGGACAAGUCUCGACAUCGUGCGUCCCCCCCACCUCCGGGACCGCUCCCUCCCCCUUCUCUGCGUAGUCGAAGAUAAACAAUAGUUAGCCGGCGAGCGCGGAGUGUGUAUCCCGCCGCCGCAUUCGGCGGGCUGCGUGGGACCGGCGGGAUCUCGGCCAGCCUGCCAUGGCGGGGCUGUACUCUCUGGGAGUGAGCGUCUUCUCAGACCAGGGCGGGAGGAAGUACAUGGAGGACGUUACUCAGAUCGUGGUGGAGCCCGAGCCCACGGCUGAAGAAGAGCCCUCGCCGCGGCAAUCUCUCUCUCAGCCGUUGCCUCCGCAGCGGUCACCGCUGGCUCUUCCUGGCGGCGAAAUCUCCGGGAAAGGCCCGGCGGUGGCAGCCCGAGAGGCUCGCGACGCGCCGCCGGACGCCGGGGCCUCGCCGGCUCCCGGCUGCUGCUGCCGCCGCCGUUCCUCGGUGGCCUUUUUCGCCGUGUGCGACGGGCACGGCGGGCGGGAGGCGGCACAGUUUGCCCGGGAGCACUUGUGGGGUUUCAUCAAGAAGCAGAAGGGCUUCACCUCUUCCGAGCCGGCGAAGGUGUGCGCUGCCAUCCGCAAAGGCUUCCUCGCUUGUCAUCUCGCCAUGUGGAAGAAACUGGCAGAAUGGCCAAAGACUAUGACAGGUCUUCCCAGCACGUCAGGGACAACUGCCAGUGUGGUCAUCAUACGGGGCCUGAAGAUGUAUGUAGCUCAUGUGGGUGACUCAGGGGUGGUUCUUGGAAUUCAGGAUGACCCAAAGGAUGAUUUUAUCAGAGCUGUGGAGGUGACACAGGACCAUAAGCCAGAACUUCCCAAGGAAAGAGAACGAAUUGAAGGACUUGGUGGGAGCGUGAUGAACAAGUCUGGGGUGAAUCGUGUAGUUUGGAAACGACCUCGGCUCACUCACAGUGGACCUGUGAGAAGGAGCACAGUCAUUGACCAGAUUCCAUUUCUGGCAGUAGCAAGAGCACUUGGUGAUUUGUGGAGCUAUGAUUUCUUCAGUGGUGAGUUUGUGGUAUCACCUGAACCAGACACAAGUGUCCACACUCUUGAUCCCCAGAAGCACAAGUAUAUUAUCUUGGGGAGUGAUGGUCUUUGGAAUAUGAUUCCACCUCAAGAUGCCAUCUCAAUGUGCCAGGACCAAGAGGAGAAAAAAUACUUGAUGGGUGAGCAUGGACAGUCUUGUGCCAAAAUGCUUGUGAAUCGAGCUCUAGGCCGCUGGAGGCAGCGUAUGCUUCGAGCAGAUAAUACUAGUGCCAUAGUAAUCUGCAUCUCUCCAGGAGCGGGCACUCAGGGAGAUUUCACCAAUGAAGACGAGCUCUAUCUGAACCUGACUGAUAGCCCUUCCUAUAAUAGUCAAGAAACCUGCGUGAUGACGACUUCUCCGUGUUCUACACCACCAGUCAAGUCACUGGAGGAGGACCCAUGGCCAAGGCUGAACUCUAAGGACCACAUACCUGCCCUUAUUCGUAGUAAUGCCUUCUCAGAGAAUUAUUUAGAAGUCCCAGCUGAGAUAGCUCGAGGGAAUGUCCAGGCUGCAGUCGUAUCCUCAAAAGAUCCAGAGCCACUUGAAGAAAAUUGCACUAAAGCCCUGACUUUAAGGAUACAUGAUUCUUUGAAUAACAGCCUGUCAGUUGGCCUUGUGCCUACCAAUUCAACAAACACCAUCAUGGACCAAAAAAAUUUAAAGAUGUCGAUCCCAGGUCAAAUGAAAGCUCAAGAAGUUGAAAGAACCCCUCCAACAAACUUCAAAAGGACAUUAGAAGAAUCCAACUCUGGCCCUCUUGUGAAGAAGCAUAGACGAAAUGGUUUAAGUCGAAGUAGUGGUGCUCAGCCUGCAAGCCUCCCCACAAACUCACAGCGAAAGAACUCUGUUAAACUUACCAUGCGACGCAGACUUAGGGGCCAGAAGAAAAUUGGAAAUCCUUUACUUCAUCAGCACAGAAAAACUGUUUGUGUUUGCUGAAAUAUAUCUGGAAUUUUUUUUUUUUUCCAAACUUCUAAGAGGGCUCUUUGAAUUUGGUGCCGAAGUUGAACUUUUUUUAAGGGGACAAAAUAAAAAUAGUAUACAGUUUGA